CCGGAUUUGCCCGUGACGUCACGCGGCGAAUAUAUGCACGCGCACUGAGGCUAUGUGGAGAGUAGUGAUGUCGGAGGAGGUUGGGAAGAAAGUGCAGGCGGUGGUGGACCGGGUGAAUCAAGCGGUUUCCCGGCGCCCGAAGACGUUACCAUGUAUAGCCCCUCGUCUGGUUGCGGUUAGUAAGACUAAACCACCAGAGAUGGUGGUGGAGGCUUACAAACAUGGACAACGCAACUUUGGAGAGAAUUAUGUAAAUGAACUUGUUGAGAAAGCUUCCCAUCCCCUGGUUGUCUCAUCAUGUCCUGAAAUAAAAUGGCAUUUCAUCGGCCAUCUGCAAAAGAAUAAUGUCAACAAACUCCUGGGUGUCCCAAAGCUGUAUAUGGUAGAGACGAUCGACUCUGUGAAACUGGCUGAAAAAGUCAACAGCUCGUGGCAAAAAAUGAGAGCUGCCAACACACAGCGGUUAAAGAUUAUGGUUCAGAUCAACACCAGCGGAGAGGGAAGUAAACAUGGCCUGCCUCCCGAUGAGACUGUAAACAUGGUAAAACACAUCGUGUCUCAGUGUCCUGCUCUUGACUUCGCGGGGCUCAUGACGAUUGGCCGUUAUGGUUACGACCUCAGCGAAGGCCCUAACCCCGAUUUCCAGAUGCUGUUGAAACGUCGUGAGGAAGUCUGUGAAAAUCUGAAGUUCCCAGUAGAGCAGGUUGAGCUCAGCAUGGGCAUGUCUACUGACUUUGAACAUGCUAUUGAGGUUGGCUCUACAAACAUACGUGUCGGCAGCACUAUUUUUGGCACCCGAGAAUACCCCAACACUCCGAGCCCCAGUCCGGAGAGAAAGCCAAGGGUCGUCUGUGAGGAAGCAGCCAGAAAAAUGGACCGGCUCACAGUCACAGAGCAAUGAAUGAUGGGGGAAAAAAGGUUACUGAACUAAAUGUGGGACCUCUUGGGCUUCUUCCCAAUGACUGGGCUCACCAUUCACCAGUCAAGGGCCUUUAAUAUGUCUUAACUAAUGCUGCUGACCUGGUCUUCUGUGGCAAACGAACUAGAAUGAAGUGUGAUUUAAUAACCCAAAUACUAAAUUUACUUCCUGAAGGUGUUUUUAUUGUCGAACGCUCUCCAGAAGUGUCCUCCAGCCCUCUGUAAAUUCCUUAAGCUUGGUUUUGCGAUUAUUUUUAACAGAUACAGGGUCAGCACAUGCUCAGUUUCGUUGUGCCAAUCGUAGAUGUGAGGUAUAAUUUGUCUUUUCCGUUAGAUUAGAUGUUAGUGACCCAUUUUAACAUCUAAUUAAAACAAUAGGGUGUAUAAUUUUUGUUCCUAGAAGUGUGUAGGUAUAUUUUAUAGUGUGUUCGUGUAUUGUUUUGUUCAAAAUCAUAAAUGUAAAUGAUAUAAAUAGCACAUUUAUAGUAUUGCUUCAGUAUCCACUUGUUGCUGUGUCAGUGAGAUGUCGGGACUGGUGUGUGUGUGUGGGGGGGGUGUUGUCAUGUAAUUCAUGUAGUAUUUCAUAUCACCCGAAACACUGGUGUUGAACACUGAUCAACAGUCACAUUGGGUUCAGUACAGAACAUUGAAAUGAAGAUGCAAAGAAAUUAGUGCAGAGACGAACAGUUUUAUGGUGUUUUGGAAAAGCUGAGGGUCUGAGGCCUUUUACUAUGCAAGAGAGAGAUUAUCCUGAUACUUAGAAGCUCGUUUAGAGGUAAUCACUUCAUAUUUUUGUUAAUUAAUACAGUAUUGUGUCAGACUAAUGGGUUUACUGUUUGUGGUUGGUUGAGAAAAGCCAAAACAGAAUUUUUUUUUUUUUUUUUCAAUCCGUGUGUAAAAUAACAUCUUGUAUCUUUACAGUAGAUAGUUGCACAUAAAUAUUUAAUUGAUUUAGGUGAGUUGAGCAAUAAAACA